AAGACGCAAGAUUUGGGAUGCCAAAGAGAUACAAAAUGAAACCUUGUUGCAAAAUAGAUUUCUGUAGGCAGUGAACAUAGCUAUAGAAAUUGAAAGAAGCCAGACAUUAUCAAUCAAUAAUCUCUUAUUAAAAUACCACCGAGUGCUCCUAAAACAGUAGAGAGCCACUUGUCAGGCCUAAAGGUGUUGGGGAAAUUGUCAAGGCAACCCACCACCCAAUAGGAGCAGACUGAAGCUGCCUAUCUUGGGCUUCUGAGGAUUCAAAAAACUCUUUGGCUUUAAAUCACUGCAGAGGAAGAAGCCGGAGCAAGGUGUGCACACUUGUGGCCCAUCUUCACGUCCAGGCCAUCCAGGACUGGGAUACUGAAAUCUCCCAAGGUGAAGACAAUGAUCCGCUUUCCAAUGAAAAUUGGGGUAAUUUUUUUGUUUUUUUUCAUGGAAUCUCUGCUCUACAUGUCCAUUUAUUCAGCUCCUGUAAAUUCCUGUGACCCAGCUAAGAGGAUCAUUAUAAGGAGCCUUGAUAUGGAUGACAAAAGGCACGAAGCGCAACACGAGAGUGUUCCUAACAAUAUCGAUGCAGGACACGAACCAGAGGAGAUUGAUAAGGAAAUGGAACAUAUGGAUAAGUCACUUCAAAAUUCUUUAAGGAAACAAUUCAAUGGGAAUAGAGAUUCUACAAAUCCUGACAUGUACAACGAAGAGACAUACACUGAAUCAAAUGAAUUUUUGAUGGAUCGUUCUCCAGAGAAGAAAGGAAUCAACUGGGACGAAGUGAUUCAUAAACGGCCUCUUCUUGCAGAAGUCAUUUCGCUGGGAUGUUUAUCUUUCCUGUUUGCUUUGACUGGUGGUGCAGCUCUGUGGUUAACCAUAUAUACGCACCUAAAACGUGAGGAAACCAGAGAGCUUGAUGAUCUUGCUGAAAAGCUUAUGCCAUUAAAAACAACAAAAAAACCUGAGAAGCCAAAGGAACCAGUUGCCAAGCCCAGAGAAAAGGAAAGGGAGUUCAAAUCAUUACUCCAUGCAGUUUUGAAGAAUGACAGGAAGCAAAGGAGACGUAGAAAAUGCAUGAGACCAAAUUCCAGGUUGAAUUUAACAAGAAGAAAACUAUUUGCUAAUAAGAAAAGAAGUGAGAAUUUAGAAGUCCACAUGCAAGACGUUAAAAUUCCAAAAAUGAAUCAGCCAAUUGGAGACAUGUUUGAGAAGGAGAAUCCAGACAGAGAGGAAAUGCAAGCUGGUGAGAUGAAGAAACAGGUCAUGGAGUCACCAGACCUUGCUGAUCAGACCCCAACCAAAAUGCUCAGCUUUCCAAAGUCCAACGUGAAGUGAAAAAAAAAAAAAGCCAGUUGGAAAUGAAAAUGGAAGCAGGGAGGAGGGGAAUAAAAUGGUGUUAAGUCUUA